AUGCUGUCAAACUUGACGUUCUUAAUGUGAAUAAAAUGCCCCAGAAAAAAUAAUAUAAAAUUGAAUAAAACAUGUGUCUGUAGUAACCAUUGGCUAUAAGGAGUUUACAAAAUAGAUAUUUUAAUAUUUUAUAUUAAGAAAACUAAAUAGGCCAAUAAAAAUAAUAUGGUUAUUAUUACGUGUGUGUGUGUUUGACUUAUACAGAUGCAGAGUCAGCUUUAUUGUCUGCACCUCGUUCUCCUACUAAUGACCCAGUCCUCUCAGUGUCAGGUAAGGUGAACAUGGUCAGCUACCAAGGUAGUAAAAAACUAAUUAAGUUUUGGAUUGUCUAAUUUUUUUCUUGUGUUGUAUAGUUAUAUGUUUCAUAUAAUAUUAUUCAACAAUGCAGUUAAGAAAAUAUUAAUUCUAAGCUGUAACUUGUUGGUGACUGGGGGACAAAAAUGAUUUUGCUAUCCUAACCCCACAGAAACAAGAGAGAGACAGAGAGUUUUGCCAGGAAAGAGUGUGGAAGUUGAGGAAGCGGUGAGAAUAGUAGAAUAUGAGAGCACAGAGGGAGCCCUAAGUGUAAAGGAAGAUAACAGAAGAGAGGAAGAUGAGAGAACAGGGGAAGCCAUGAGAGCAGACUCAGAGGAAGAUGAGAGAACAGGGGAAGCCAUGAGAGCAAACUCAGAGGAAGAUGAGAGAACAGGGGAAGCCAUGAGAGCAGACUCAGAGGAAGAUGAGAGAACAGGGGAAGCCAUGAGAGCAGACUCAGAGGAAGAUGAGAGAACAGGGGAAGCCAUGAGAGCAGACUCAGAGGAAGAUGAGAGAACAGGGGAAGCCAUGAGAGCAGACUCAGAGGAAGAUGAAGAAGAGACUGUUGUGUCAAAUGAUCCUGGUUUGUGGCCAGCAAAAAUUAGCAAUGCAGACAGAGAAAAAAUUGUGGAAAAAAUAGCUUUUUCUAAAGAUAAAGAACAAGAAAUGCCACGUGAUUCAAAAGGUAAAGCCUUCCCCGAAUACCUCAACUACACAAAGUCAGGAAAUUGCAGGGAAAAGAUUAAGCGAGACUGGGUCAUUUACAGACAAAGCACAAAUGCACUAUUUUGUAUUCCUUGUGUAUUAUUUGGUCAUGAGCUAAAGAAACCUUGUAUGAGCACACUAAGCAGUCAACAUGGUUAUAAAAUCAAAGACAUAACAUGGCGUCGAAUGUAUGAUAAAUUCCCUAACCACAAAAGCAGCAAAGCACACAGGGAGUGCUACUUAAAAUGGAAAACCUUACAACAGUCUGUAAUGGCAGCUGUCCCUGGGGGAAUAGACAGCAAGCUGAAGAAGCUCAUACAAACAGAAAUAGACAAAAAUAGAGCUAUUCUGAAGAGGAUACUAGAUGUAACCUUGUUCUUGGCCUCUCGAAAUGUACCCUUUCGGGGUAAAACAAAAGACUUGGGGGACAUUCAUAAUGGCAACUUCUUGGGCACCCUUGAGCUCCUGUCCCAUUAUGACCCACUACUCAACGAACAUCUAGAAAAAGUCAGAGACAAAAAAACAGGAACAAGAUUGACAUACUAUUUAAGCUCAGAUAUUCAGAACUAAUUUAUGGAGUUAUGUGGAAAACGAGUGUUAAGUAGUAUUCUUAAGGAACGGGAGGAAUCAGUCUAUUAUUCAGUCAUUUGCGAUGCUACUCCUGAUAUUUCACAUACAGAGAAAAAUGUGUUACUCUUACGAUAUGUAGGUUUUGAUCAAGAAAACAAAAAAUGGGAGGUUGUUGAAAGGUUUUUGGAGUUUAAAGAUUUUCACAAAAAAACGGGAAGCGAGAUUGCAGACAUGAUUGUAAAUGUGCUUAACAGUCAUGGCAUAGAUCUGAAUGACUGCAGGGGCCAAGGCUAUGGUAAUGGGGCAAACAUGUCUAGAAAAAUCAAGGGGGUUCAAGCCCAAUUAUUAAAAAAUAAUAAGCUGCCUAUUUUUCCCCUUGUGCAUCUCAUACUCUGAACCUUGUUGGUGUGCAUGCAGCUCAAUCAAGUCCAGAGGUUACCAACUUUUUUGGCUUUGUCAAUCGCCUUUAUGCACUUGUUAGUGCCAGCCCAGAGCGAUGGGCCAUCUAUAAGGCAAAAACGGGUUGCACUUUACAUCGUCUGUCAGACACUCGGUGGAGUGCAAGGGUUAAGGCUGUUCAACCUAUAUCCAAGCACCUGCCCAGUGUCCUAGAAGCUCUUGAUGCCAUCCUCUCAACCUGCAGUCUGACACCAGAGGCUCGGUCUGAAGCCAGCGGCCUAAAAAAGUAUUUCGAAACUUUUGAUACUGUUUUUCUGUUGACUGUUUGGGUCAAAGUUUUGCAAGCCAUUGACAAAAGGAAUAUUAUUCUCCAGUCAGGGAAAUUAACUCUUGAGACAGAGGCAGAAAAUAUCAGAGCAUUGCAGGAGGAGAUGCAUCAUCUGAGGGAUGAAUGGGAGAGUUUAUUUUCUGAAGCAUCACUUGUUGCCCAACAGAUGAGCAUUAACCCUCUGUUCAGGUCAGGAUUCAGCCGCCAGAGGAAAAGAAAACGGUUUCACGAUGAGACAGAGGUAGAGGGAGCAAGGGAGCACAGUGCAGACAUCAUAUUCAGAAACACUGUGUUUCUUCCCAUGAUGGACCACAUAAUCAAUGACUUAAGUACCAGGUUUGCCACAACAGCUGAGAUCUUGGAUCAGUUUUCUGUAGUUGUAAAAAUGGGUCAGUUACGUGAUGAUCAAAUCCAUUCUGUAUGCCAGCCAUUCAUUUCAAAAUACAACACUGAUCUGACUUGUGAAUUUUAAGAUGAAGUCAGACACCUCAACUCUGUAUAUAGGGCCACUUUCCCAGGGUGUCUGUCACCAAUUUAUCUGCUCAACAGCAUUUACAAGAUGCAGCUGCAGAGUAUUUUUGGGCAGGUCUGCAUAGUUUUGCGAAUAUUUUGACCGUUGCUGGUGGCGAGAGAGCAUUCAGUAAGCUGAAACUGAUAAAAAAAAAUAUCUGAGGUCUGCUAUGUUGCAGGAUAGACUUUGUCACCUUGCCAUACUAUCCAUUGAAAGCAAACUGGCAAGAAAGCUGAACUUUGAUGAUUUGAUACAUGAUUUUGCCAGCAGAAAGGCACGCCGCUGGGCCAUUAUAAAGUGAUGUUGAACAUAACUUUGUUAGACCUGGAUAACAAACAGUUGAUGUCUGGUUCAGUACUUGUUUAGUCCUGGACUGGUUUAGGCCUGGCAUUACUCCUGGUGUGUCUUCAUUUUGAGCCCUUUUGGCCUAGCUAGUUUUAUUCCUGGACUGAUUUAAUUAUGGGUUAGUUCUAGCUGAUGUUUCCUGAUUGAGCAGUUUGACCCAGCUAAAGCUUGUUCAUGUAAAGUAUAUGUCAAUAUGUGUACAUUAUGUUCUGUUGUGCUUGGAAUUGAGAUAAUAAAUGUUCUCCCUUUUAUGUAAACAAGUACAUAUUUCUAUAUUUUUUUUCUUGUUUUUGUAGGCUUUGUACUCAUCUUUAGACAUUUUAACUAUGCAAUGUGCUAAGUAUCUUUUUUAAAGUAUACUGGGCAUGUUUAUUGGGUUAAAUUUUAUCUGUAAAAAAUGUAGGGGGCCCAGAAAUUUUGGUUUACAUAGGGCCCAGAAUUUCUGGCGGCACCCCUGCCUACCAGUAUAACUCUCAGUGACGCCACUGCGUCGUCUGUGACGACUCACGUGGGGGAGCGUCAACAUUGUCGUCACGCGUCACUCCGGCGACGUCACUAGUAGAACGCACCUGGAAAGUCACUUUUAGCGUUACACUCACCUUACGAAACUUUAGUCGCAGCGGUUUAUUUAUGUGGCCAACAAAAGUGAAUUACAUUACUUGACAGCCCAGGCCACUCAUUGUAUUCAUAUGGUCUGGGGUCAU